AUUUUCAUGGCUGGGCACGAGACUCAAGACGCUUGAGGAGGAAGAUGCCAAGUGAUCUGAGUUGCCACAUCAAACUCAACCAGGGCAACAGUUUGGUGGGGAAACGAUUCCUGUCACAGUGGAAUUCGACCAUCCGUGGCAUAAGAGUUGAAGCUUGAACUUGUGGGUUCACUACAUCAGAAGACUUCAACAAAAACUCAGUGCACAGGGAUCCCCUUUUUAAUCACUUCACGAUUGCAUUCAUUAAACCGUCCUGAUGAUGAGAGAAUGGGCCAUACACACUUCUCUGUUGGUGUUAAUUGUUUUCAUCAAGGGAACUUGGGGUUCAGCUCAAGUGGAUCAAGAAAUUGACGAUUAUGAGGACCUUCUAGCGGUGGAAAGCAGUUUCAGCUCCAACGAGAUCACGCCUCUAAGGGCGAUUUUGCCCGUCCCAGAAGGCUUUAACGGUCAACGAUUAACUCGUCCUCAAUCAAGCGCUUCUAUUUCAUCUGACAAUAGGGCCAGGAUAAUUCGUCCCGAUGGAUCGUACACAUUCAGUUACUCUACGAAUGACGGAACCAAUCGAGAUGAAUCUGGCCUUCCCAAGGCGAACGGAGGACACGUCCAAUCUGGGGGCUGGUCUUACAUUUCACCCGAGGGUCGAACGAUAUCACUUCAGUUUGAAGCCGACGAGAAUGGCUAUCGACCAAUUGGCGAUCAUUUACCCACGCCUCCGCCCCUGCCACCCGCACUCCAACGAUUUGAAGAUGCUAAAGCCGGGCGAUUGAACAAGAACGCCCUAUCAACACCUUCAAAAAUUAUACC